CUUCCUUUUGCUGGUUUCAUCUAUGAUCGGCUGAGUCUGCCCAUGCUCCGAGGGUCCUGCGCGCUCUGGAAGUCGGUGAGGACAAUGUUCAUCUUGCUUGUGUUAGUAACCGGGGUUUCUGCUUUCACCACUCCCACAGUGGUGCCCACAGGAACGGUUUCUGAAUCUCCCAUGACAUCGGAGAAGCACACAGUCCAUGGAGACAACUGCCAGUUUCGUGGCAGAGAUCCCAAAUCUGAAUUGAGGCUGGAAGGUGAGCCCGUGGUUCUGAGGUGCCCUCUGGUACUUUAUUCCGACACCUCCAGCAGUUCCCACAGCCUUCUGACCUGGAGUAAAUUGGACUCUUCUCAGCUGAUUCCAGGAGAUGAGCCAAGGAUGUGGGUGAAGGGUGACACACUCUGGGUUCUGCCAGCAGUGCAGCAGGACUCUGGUAUCUACAUUUGCACAUUCAGAAACACAUCCCACUGUGAGCAAAUGUCCAUGGAACUCAAAGUCUUUAAGAAUACUGAAGCGUCGCUGCCUCUUGUCUCCUACUUGCAAAUCUCAGCUCUCUCAGCCACUGGGUUACUAGUGUGCCCUGACCUGAAAGAAUUCAUCCCCAACAAAGCUGAUGGAAAGAUACAGUGGUAUAAGGGCUCCAUCCUCUUGGAUAAAGGCAAUAAGAAAUUUCUGAGUGCAGGAGACCCCACACGUCUAUUGAUAUCCAACACAUCCAUGGAAGAUUCAGGCUAUUACAAGUGUGUUAUGACAUUUGUCUACAAUGGCAAGGAAUACAACAUCACUAGGAAUAUUGAACUCCGAGUCAAAGGAACAACCACAGAACCGAUUCCGGUGAUCAUUUCUCCCCUGGAGACAAUACCAGCAUCUCUGGGGUCAAGACUGAUAGUCCCAUGCAAGGUGUUUCUGGGAACCAGUACAUCUUCCAACACCAUUGUGUGGUGGAUGGCUAACAGCACGUUUAUCUCAGUGGCUUACCCAAGAGGCCGUGUCACCGAGGGGCUACACCACCAGUACUCAGAGAAUGAUGAGAACUACGUGGAAGUGUCACUGAUUUUUGAUCCAGUCACAAGAGAGGAUCUGAAUACAGAUUUUAAAUGUGUUGCCACGAAUCCACGGAGUUUUCAGUCGCUCCACACCACAGUCAAAGAAGUCCCUUCCACGUUCUCCUGGGGCAUUGCGCUGGCACCUCUGUCUCUUAUCAUCUUGGUUGUGGGAGCGAUAUGGAUGCGGAGACGGUGUAAACGCAGGGCUGGAAAAACAUACGGGCUGACCAAGCUACGGACUGACAACCAGCACUUCCCUUCCAGCCCAAACCAAAUAAAGGAAGUGAAAUAAUAA